CUAGUCUCACGCUCACACACCGCUUCAUUGAGUGCCCAGCACGUCGGUUGCCGCCGUCAUUGUCGUUGCUUUCAUCUCGUUCUCAAAUCCGAAAAGCGAACGACUCCUCCAUCAUGAUUGUGGCACUUGUGGUAGUUACGGGCCUGACGGCGUUGUGGUUCUUCUUGCUGCGACCUCGCACCGGCGGGAAGCAUGCACCGCCCGUCGUAACGUCUUCCCCCUUGGUGCCCAUUCCCGUCAUUGGACACAUUGUGGAGUUCUUCCGUUCCCCCCAUUUCAUGAUGCAGCGCUGCUUGAAAGAUCACGGCAAGGUCUUUACCAUUCCCAUCUUCCACAAACGCUUGACCUUCCUCAUUGGCCCGGAAGCCCAGGAGAUCUUUUUCAAAGCCAACGACGAUGUUCUCUCGCAGUCCGAAGUCUACGACUUUACCCGUCCCGUCUUUGGAAACGAUGUCGUCUACGACGCUUCCAAAAAAAACCGACAAGUGCAGUUCCAAACCAUGGCCAACGGACUCCGCACCGCACGCCUCAAGGCCUACAUUCCCAAAAUUGAACAAGAGACCCGGGCCUACAUCAAGAAUUGGGGUGACGCGGGACAGAUUGAUCUACUCAAGGCCCUGUCGGAACUUACCAUUCUCACCGCAUCACGCUGUCUGCACGGUGAAGACGUCCGAACUCACAUCUUCAAAGAAGUCCAGGAGCUAUACCAUGAUUUGGAUCACGGUCUGACGCCGCUCACGGUAUUUUGGCCAACGGCCCCUUCCCAAGCCCAUCGCAAACGGGACGUGGCACGCAAAGAAAUGGUGCGACUCUUCACCAAAGUCAUUGAAGAGCGACAGCUGCAUCCGGAACGGUCGGACGGUACCGAUAUCCUCUCACUCUUUAUGGACAUUAAGUACAAAGACGGCUCGGCCGUUACCAUGGACCAAGUAACCGGACUGCUGAUUGCCCUCUUGUUUGCGGGACAGCAUACGUCCUGUAUCACGUCAACCUGGACCAGCUUAUUCAUCGCCAACGACCCAACGUUGGUCUCCCGUAUACUGGCCGAGCAAAAGACGGUCCUGGGUGGAGACCUCAACAAACCCAUUGAGUACGAAGAUUUGCAAAACAUGGAGUUAUUACACAAUUGCAUGCGGGAAGCCCUCCGUAUGUGCCCCACCUUUAUCAUGAUCCUUCGUAAAGCCGAACGUGAUGUUAAAAUUCAGUCGGAAGGGAAAUCGUACGUGAUUCCGCAGGGCGACAUGGUCGUGGUUAGUCCCACUGUAUCCAUGCGAAUGAAGGAGACUUUUGCCGACCCCGAUACCUACGAUCCGGAUCGCUUCGCCGCACCCCGGGAAGAACACAAGCAGCCCUACGCAUACAUGGGCUUUGGAGGGGGACUACAUUCCUGUAUGGGACAAAACUUUGCCUUUUUACAAGUCAAAACAAUUAUCUCCGUACUCUUGCGCGAGUACGAACUAGAACGAGUCGAACCAGGCAUGCCCGAUAUCGGCUACGACGAUAUGGUCGUUGGACCCAAAGGGGAUUGCACCGUGCGCUACCGUAAGCGCGUCCAAUCGUGAUUUAUUGUUUCGUGCACUAGGUCUUUCAUCGAAUAUAGAGUCGACAUCAAAUCACACAAAGAUUGGCAAGGUUUUGUGUUGCAGCCGUUCAUGUAGUUAGCGAAAUUUAAGUGCCUACGUUGGAUACUCUUUUUAGUGCCUAGCGUAAUGAGGCUGUGGGUGCCCAUGGCAAGAUGUUUGUGUUACCCGUGUAGUGCUUCAUUGCCGUCUGCCAAUGAUUAGAAAUGUUUAUUGCAGGUGAUGGACAAACCGAACCCCGCUAAAGUUUUUUAACAUCCGUCUAUUCUCCCCCAAGGCUUCAUGAGGUAGUUUGGUGCUGUUUUUGCCAUACCGCUACGCCUUCCUUGAGACGAUUGACGAGCGUGCUCUCGGUGAUCUCCUUGAGCACGGCCCCCUCAACGUAAUUGCAGCGCUUUGCACGAAUGCGCAGACUGGACGCCCCGGUCAGGCCUUUGGUAAUUUCAACGGCCACUUCCAUCCCACCUUCCUUGGUGGUCAUUUUCAUAGGGGUAUUGACGGUAUUCGAAUUCGCCUUGUCGCGAGUCCGCUCUUCUUCCUUGCUCAAAUAUUUGUUUCCAGUGUUGGUCGGCAUAAAUAAGAGCUGCACAGUAGCUUGUUCAGCGACUGUCGGUGGCAGUGGACUCCUUGACAACGGUGGGGGUGGAACCUGGGCCCGAAUAGGUGUCGUCAAGCCCUUACCUGUCUCGGCCAAUAGCAUAGCCCACUCACGCACGUAUUCGACGAGUACGGGGAAGUCGACGGCGACAUCGGAACUUGGUAUAACUACGCGGUAGAGUUCGGGCCCGUCGAGCUGCAAAAAGGAAUCGUCGAGGAUGGCUUGUUGUGUCAGUUGUUCUUCAGCAGUGGCGGCGGAAGCGGUACCAAGCUUGCCGGCACAGGACAGGGUAGCAUUACGAGCAAACGGUUGCAUGGCGAUAGCUUGUGUUACGAUGGAUACGGCUGUCUCAAGCUCCAAGUUCCCGUCAACGGCAUCCCCUGAUUUCAAGGCAAACCCAUCCGAAACAAUAUCCGUGAGCUCGCCGAGUUUGCAAAUGGUAUAAUCUAAGGCGGGUUCCACAGCGCGGUUGCGAACAGUGCUGAUCAGGCUUUCUUCCAUUUCGCGGCGUUUCUUCAGUUUACCUCCCAUGAGAUUCUGCAUACUGUAGGGCAUUUUAUCGAAGCGCUCCGUUCCCAAUGUGGAAAGAGCGACAAUCUGUGUAGGAGGGCGACCAACGGCACCAUCGGCGCGCAGAAUUUUGCGCAAACACCGGUCCAACAAGUUCUUGACCGACGACUGAUCACUGAGAGACGUCAGGAAUAAUAAAACGACUUUUGCAUUGUCCGCUCCCAAAGGAAUCGUCGCAGUCGGUUUGUAAACGUCCACCACAAUGCCCGGCAAGAGCUGUGUAAGCGAUGCCGUCAAGGGAGCAAUCAGUUUUUUGGCGAACACAUCCUGGGACUCGUCCGCCACUACGACGAUGCGAUUCUCCGAAUCGGCAAUCUUUUCAGUCGUCGCAUCCUUAGAUUCGGGUUCCUCGUCCUUGAUUCGUGCUCCGCUCUGUAAGGCCGACUGAAUACUACCUAGCAAGACGUUGCUGCCAGAAGUGGGCACGGCGGCACCGUUCAGGACGCCCCACACACCCACUUCCAAUCCUUCUCCUUCCAUGGAUUGAUCCGCCGCUGCCGCGCGCUUGGUAGUUGUCCGGGCGAAUUCGUUGCUCGAUAAGAAGGCGUCCGUGAGCGCGUCGAUCUUGCGCAGAAGCCGAUCGGACUCAACUUUGGCGCGAGCGUCUGCCUGCGCUUGCAGACUCUCUGACUGGCGUUUCAGUUCGCGCUGUAAAUUGGCUCGGAGCAGGGCGAUUUCGUCAAUACCCUUGGCGACCCCGUCGUUGAUGACCUCCGUGGCUGCGGCUUUGAGUUCCGCGGCUUCCUGGUCACUCAGCGGCUCCAACAUACUUCCCAGAUCAAUUCCAAGGUUCGUACCUACGUCUGGCAAGGCGCCGGCAUCGAGCGAAAACAACGGCAAGUCCACAUUCUCCUUCUUACUAGUCUUGUUGUUGAUCUUUUCUACAUUGCUCUCCUCGGCGCUAUCGGAAUUGCUGUGGGCGGCUGCUUGUCGUGUUGUGGUAUCCAUUGGAGCAAAUUUCUCAACCCGCCACGAGCAGGGACGGACCGUUCGCACUCUGGCACCCCACGGGGUUGGAGCAAAGGCGCACACGCGCCUGGAAUCGAUGCACAUCAAAUGCAAGAGUAACAUUUCCGCAAUAAGGGGGAUUCGCGUGAGCGUCAUGGCGCAAGAAGUGGAAGGAAACGGAUAGAUUUAUAUUGACCUAGAGUGGAUGCUACUG